AUGUCAAUUCAGAACGACAUAUACUCCGUCUUUGCGACUGCUCAGGCUAUUAAAGGUCCAUCUCCUGACGAAAGCUCUGGACUGGACGAAAAUACCAACACAACCAUGCCGUCCGAGCCGCGAGAGGAGCGCGGUCAUUCUAUUUCAGAAGAUGUUGGUCCUGUUUUGGAGGCGACACCAGACUCGUCGCCUCACUAUCCAGAACUACCCUCCGAUAUGGAUUUACAGACUAGUCCCAAGGAAGAACAAUCUAGUGACACUUCGGAUGAUGAUUCUGACGCAUCUUCUGCCAGUGAAUCCGAUAUUGUUAGACCAUGGCUUCAACCAGAGCAUAUCUCUCUUCCUGCAGUGGCCAUCUCCGCAUUCACUGAGAUGGGCCAAGAGGAGUCGUCAAUCACCGUUCCAUUGCAACAGGUGUACACUGGUAGAAAGCCUGUGAUAUCGUCUCGCGUUGCUGACACUCCCUGUGCUACCCUCGGUGUUCAGGGCCUCUUGGAUCUACUCAACACAACACUUGGAACGUCAUACGGCCUGGGCACUCAAUCUCUCUCCUCCCUUCUUGAAGAGUGCAUCACAAAGAAGUACGACGUUGGCAUGGCAUAUAGCCGCCUUCGUCGAAUAUGGUACACCGACAACUGGAGCACUAUACGAGAUCAAGUCUGGGAAUGGAAAGAGCAGGAUCGGGAGAUGCGAAGAAGAGCACUUGUUGGUAACCGGAUAGUGCAGCCGUACUUGGACCCUCGACGUGUCUGGGAUCUGUACAGUAAUCGGGUGGUUCCAUGGUGGUUCACGGGCAUGUGCUGGGGCAUGCGCGGGCGUGUUCGGGCGAUAUCUCAUGCGUGGAUGGAUGAGAAGGACCGGGUCGCUGUGUGGACACCCAUUAACGGACAUGAAUGGCCUGUUCCCAUCCCGAAAGAUGCUGACCUCAACCUGGUGGGUGGACGAGGAGAGGAUAUGCGCCCGGAAGAGUGGAAGCUGGAUGUGCCCACCAUUGGAUCAGUGUAUUGGGGUAACAGGGUGGUGAUUUACUUGAGUGAGCUGGGUCGGCCUUUGACUUUGAAGGAAGGCGACUUAGAUAGUGAUCGGUCAUGGUUUAGACGUGCUUGGACACUACAGGAGGUUGGCUACUACAACAGGCUGAUUGGUGGGGACACACCAGAUGGACCAAUGCAUGUAGAGCCAAUAGAUGAGGAUGGGAACUAUGAGACCAAGCUACUAACCAGGUUUCACAGGCAGCUGAAGUCUACACAUCGCAUGUCGACAUUUGAAACACUGGAGAGCAUGCAGAAUCGGGUGUCGACCAACCCGGUGGACAAAGUCGCCGGCCUGGCAUUUCGUCUGAACCCCGAUUGGAUACCGGCAUACUAUGAGGACGAGUAUCUUGAAGACGCAUGGACAGCACUCGUCAAUUCGAUGGAUGUACUCGUUCGGGGACAGCUCUUCCUCGGUUGCCCUGAACCGGGAAAUGCAGGCACAAAAUGGAGAUCAUCAUGGGACCAGAUUAUGACGAAGCCCCUGUCCGAAGGUGUUUACACUCAGAUCGAAGUUGUUUGGGAUGAGGAGAUGAAUGAAGACUGGUGUGAUGUGGAGUACAUUGAAAAGGGGUUGGUGGCGGGGAUUGGCUGCUGUGGAAGGGGGUUAUCGACGUGGAGAAUUGAUUGUUGAAGACAAGAAUAGGAUAGAACAUGGAUUCAAGAUCAAGGCCACACACGAGUACCUGAUACCUGAAAACACUUACACCCCUGAUUCUUUCCUAUUACCCCCCUUGGUAUGUUGAUGGUUCUCGCUGCUGUAUCGUUGGGGCGAACCUGCCAGGGGGAGAGAAGUUUGAGAAGGUGUCGGUGUUCAAAGUUCUUGAUGAAGGAGAAUGGGAUCGGUUACAGGAUCUACAAAUUACGAAGAAGGGUCGAUAUAUUCUUGUUUGAGUGACACAUUACAUAGUACAAUAUUCUUUUUAUCAAGUCAUAUGCGUAUAUCUGUAUGGGAAAAAUGUCUUGAUGAGAG